AGAGAGAGAGAGAGAGAGAGAGAGAGAGAGAGAGAAAGAAUAUGAGUAUAUGAGCUUUGUCCCUGCUGAGCAUUUAAUCUCCGAGAUAUCGUUUAGACAGCUCAAAAACCUAGUGUUGUAGUUUGUCAUUGAUUCAUGUAGUUAGUUUGCUGAACUAGUGCGUUUAGUCUUUCGUCACCAGCGUUGUUUUUAUGGGGAGGGUUUAUGUUCAAGCGGUCGAGGAGGGGGUUUAGAGCUAUGAGGCACUUUUUGUUGGCUGAAGUCAGACUCAUCACAGCCACAUAGCAUUUCUCCAAUCUGGAGGAGAUGAUGUUGGUGGUUCUUUGUUAGUGUCUGAGUCUGUAGGUCUGUGGUGACGAUGAUCCGGGGGAUACCGAUGCGUCUCAUGUGGCUUUAAUUUGAGCAGAUCAGUGGCACUUGAGAGACUGGUGUGUUGGCACUGGAGCUCGUUUGGCAUCGGCAAUGAGGCGACAUGCAGCGGAGCUUUGGGAUAUUUAGCUAGAUCGAGACGAGAGAUCGCAUGUUUAUUUAGAUAGACCGCUAUUGUUUUGAUGGAUUAGUUCAUCAGACCGCCGGACUUUAACAUACAGUGGCGUAUAGAUCUACGAUUGAUCUUACAGCUCAGAUCAUUAAUAUCCGAAUGGCUGAAUGCCAGAUCGAUAGCUAACCGAUGUCUAAGGGACGAGUUUUAAAGUCUAAACCAAGAUCUGAAGACGGAAGACGGACCGCAGACAUCCUGGAGGGGAUCACGGUGUCUGUGACGAACAUGAAACCUGACAGAGAAGCAGCAGAGGAAUUCUUUGAGUAUGAUGCUGAGGAGUUCCUGGUUUUCCUCACACUCCUGAUCACAGAAGGACGGACACCAGAAUGUUCCGUAAAGGGGCGGACAGAGGGUGUUCACUGCCCACCUGCCCAAUCUGCUAUGCCUGUCCUUAAGAAACAUGAAUGCAGCGACAAAAUACCACAGUGUCGUCAGGCAAGAAGAACAAGGUCAGAGGUCAUGUUACUAUGGCGCAAUCACAUCCCCAUCAUGAUUGAGGUGAUGCUGCUUCCUGACUGUUGCUAUAGCGAUGAAGGCCCGACCACAGACUGCACAGACCUAAAUGAUCCAGCAAUAAAGCAAGAUGCACUCUUACUAGAGAGAUGGACUUUACAGCCAGUGCCCAGACAGAGUGGAGAUCGAUGUAUUGAGGAGAAAACCUUGCUGUUGGCUGUGCGUUCCUAUGUGUUUUUCUCGCAACUCAGCGCAUGGCUCAGUGCCUCUCACGGACUUGUACCUAGAAACAUCCUAUACAGAAUAAGUGCAGCUGAUGAAGAACUAAUCUGGAACUUCUCACAAACACCCUCUGAACAUGCUUUCCCGGUCCCGAACAUGUCCCAUAGUGUCGCUCUCAAAGUGCGGGUUCAGUCUCUGCCUCGCCAGCCCAAAUAUCCCGUACUCAAAUGUAGCAUCCACUCAGGUAUAGCUUUUUUGGGAAAGAGAAGUCUGGAGCGUGGAGAGGGUAGAAAUCAUCCUGAAGAGAAUCGCAGUUCCCUCCGUCUGCCAGGAUCUCCACUCUUCUCCAGGCCUCUUCACCCUUCUCCACCUCCCCACAGCCCUCUGAACACCCGUAAAUGCCCCCCUCGCCCUGAGUCCCCUCUCCCACCAGGCAAAGCCGUCAAGUGGCUGUACUCUCGGCUGAAUGGCAGAGUGGACGCCCCCCCAUUAGAGGUGUAUAACUCUUGUACUGAUGGGGCAGAGAACCCAAAGGCUUCAAGUGUGGAGUCACCAAUUCGUAGUUUUAAAUCACUCUCUAUUACCGACCCUUUAGUUAUCCCCAGCCCUAGUCCCAACUCCAUCUCAGGUGAAACCAACCCCCUCAUUGGCUCCCUACUCCAGGAGAGACAGGAAGUCAUUGCCCGCAUUGCUCAGCGAUUGAAUUUGUGUGACCCCACAGCUCCCCAUCUCCCUGAAGCUCUCUUCACUUCUCAAGAACCGCCAGGACACAAAACAACGUGGAACUCAUCACAGGAUAAGGAGCGCUUGAAGAAAUCCAAAGAGCCCCUCUUCCCUGUCCCACAGCCUCAAAACCACAAUGGAACUAGUCCAGAAAUCCCUGAGAGGAGCCGGUCUUCUCUCUUCGAAACCCCCUUGAGCCCUAGAAGCAGAACACGGCUGGAUAAUGUUGACCGUGAGUCAGAAACUUCCCCAAAACUCUCAACGUGUAGGCGCCUGGUGCUCAGUGACCGGUCCGCUGAGGGUUCUCUUAUUGCUGAUGCGGUAAACGACAUCUCAAGGUUGAUUCAGGAUCGACUGCAACAUUCCUACAGUCUCCUGAAUGGCACCUAUAAAUUGAAGACCUCUCAAACCGAACAGGUUGACAAAAAUAACAGAGCGCAGACAAAUGGCUUUGUAUCAUCAAGCCACGAGAAGUCUUCAAGUGCACCCAUUGGUGAGGCAAGCACAGAUCCUCGUAUUUCUCAAGCAACAAAAUUUCACAGAUCUCCUGACUCUAGUCGCAUUAAUCGAGACUGUUCCCCUAGAACACAAAAUGUGGCCAGUUUAAAACUUGAAGACCACAGCGUCACAAAAUCACAGCCUUUAAUGGCAAGUAGUAACCAACAGUACACCACUAGAGAGUCCUGGACCUCCUUGAAAAACGACUCUAGCCAUGCAAGCUCUCCUCAGGAGAAUGGCCCGACCCUGACUGGAUACCUCCAGCCCUUCAAGACACAAGAAGCAAACCAUGAAAAAGGAGCUGAAAAGGAUUUCUGGGAUCGGCCUACUUCUCCCGAUAUGGAUGAAAACCAGGAGCCCUGGUCUUCUCACCUAACUUGCAACACCUCCAGCCCUUCCCCUGCCCAGAGCAAUCAUACUAAAUGCCACCCCUCUCCUCUGAAGCCAUGCAGUAACUGGAAGAAACAGAAUCGCCACUCCAUAGAUGGCACCGCAACAAAAGCCUUCCACCCCUGCACAGGCCUACCUCUCCUCUCCAGCCCAGUUCCUCAAAGAAAAACCCAGACAGGAUAUUUUGAUUUAGAUACGUCUCUGAUUCAUUGCAGAGGUCUGCCAUGGGCUCCCAAUAAGAGGAUUUUGAGAAGAUUACAAGACAGUGAUGAGUCUCAGCAUCAGAUCCUCAGUGCCAGUGCUCCACCAGCCAACCUCAGCCUGUUGGGAAACUUUGAGGAGUGUGUUCUGAAUUAUCGUUUGGAGCCCUUGGGUACAAUCGAGGGUUUCACAGCAGAGGUCGGUGCCAGCGGGACUUUCUGCCCCAGUCACAUGACCUUACCUGUUGACGUGUCAUUCUACAGCGUCUCUGAUGAUAACGCACCUUCCCCCUACAUGGGCGUCAUAAACUUGGAGUCUCUCGGUAAGAGGGGAUAUCGAGUACCUCCUUCAGGAACCAUUCAAGUGACCUUAUUUAACCCCAAUAAGACCGUGGUGAAGAUGUUUGUGGUGAUGUAUGAUCUGAGAAAAAUGCCCGCCAGCCAUCAGACAUUCCUGCGGCAGAGAACCUUCUCAGUCCCAGUCAAACGCGAGUUCAACGGACAUAACAACAAAAAGCCAUCCCCGCUGAGUCAAGGACGAACUCUCCGCUACCUCGUCCAUCUGAGGUUCCAGAGCUCCAAAUCUGGAAAGAUCUACCUCCAUCGGGACAUUCGGCUCCUUUUCUCCCGUAAAUCCAUGGAAGUGGACAGUGGUGCUGCGUAUGAGCUGAAGUCAUUCACAGAGUCACCUGCCGACCCCCCUUUCUCUCCCAGAUGCUAAUUUAAUCUAGUUUAGUCAAGACUAUACUGAUUUUAAUCCAGCAUAGGGGCUUACUAAAUAGAAAUCUGUCAUCUGCUUGUGUGGGAAUUAAAAAUACAGAAGCCCACUAAUGCACAGAGACACACACACACACACACACAUGCACAGAAGGAAUGCCUCUUUCCUAAAAAUACACAGCAAUGAAUCGUCAGUACUUCAACAUUGUUAGGUUUUAAACAACAGAUGGUUGAGUUUUCAUUUAGGCUUAUAUCCAGACGUUCGGCAUGGUGUGAGCAAACCUGUUGGAGGAAAAAUGAAAUCCACUGACCCUGUCUUUUUUUUUUUUUUUUUACAAAAUUCAAGUUAAUAACUACAAGGAUGUUUGAAGAGCACUGUGUUUUUCCACCACAACUGGAAGAAAAUGAGUUUUGUUCAAUUACUUCUUUCUUUGUACUGUUACCAAACCACUUUAAUCGGAAGUGUUGCAAUAGAAAAACAAAUAUCUAACUAGCUUAGUGUUUACAUAUUUACUUUUUUUGUCAUCAUUUAUUUAAUAUUUAAAUUGAACUUUCAAUUUACUGCACAUGUGAUGCCUGUUGUGCAAAACAUUAUGAUGUAGUGCAAGAAAUGUUUCAAUCAUACCAUGUAUUUUUGUCUUUCAGAUUCAGAUCUUAAAUAAAAGAAUUAUAUAUUAUAUCUAUAAAAUAACCUUUAAACAUG